AUGGAGGGUAGUGAGUCGCCGGUAAUCGAAGACCCACUCCUCGAACGGUUAAGGGUGAAACAUGCAGAGCUUCAUGUAAAUCAUAUUUCAGAUGUGCAACGGGCAAAAACUAUGGAGGGGUCACUUGCCUAUAAAAAGAUGGGAAAACUCCCGCCAUCUACUGAACUGUUAUCAGAUGAGGUAGCCAUUGCACUGAAUGAGAUUGGAACGCUCUGCGACGAGCAUGGUGUGCCGCGUGUGAAACAGCUACUAAAGGAUGUUCGCGCGAUGAUGAACCGGCAGCUUCGCGAGGCCUACUCGUACCUGGAAAAGGGCUACGUGUCCGCCUUCCAUCGCCUUGAGGAAGAGGCGGAGGAGGCGCGCAAGCGGCGCGAGAUGGCGCAGCGGAAUCAGGAGAGAGAAGCAGCCGCGCGGGAGGCGUCAAGGAAGGAACUGUGCUCAUUUAGUGAGCGCCGCAGCCAGAACGCCUCUGAGCGAAGUCGGUCUGAGUUGCCUGGUGCUGUGCCCAGGCUGCUAUCGGUGAAGGAGGCACUCUCAACAACUACGAGCUUCUUUGCAGAAACAGUUGCAGUGCUGCUCCGCUGCGAGGUGGUGCGCAUCUACCUCUACGACGAAUAUGAAAACCUAAAUUGCUGCGCACGCUUCCCUUUUAGUACCACACAAAGUGAUCCAAUGUCCGGGACCCAUUUGGAGUUGAUGCUCGCGAAGGAGUUGCAUCGUACAGUUUGCCGCAAAUGCAUUGCCGUCAAUGGUAAAGGGCCACAACAUAUAACUUUGAGUGAACGUGACCGUGAGGCGAUGGAGGAGGAACUUGAGCAGAGUGGAUGGAAGUCAAUGACGAGCUGUCUCAUUUUCCCCAUCUUCUCGAACGAAGGAUUUGGACGUGCCUAUGGAAUGAUUCAUGCGGUAAACAAGCAAGGUGUUGCAGCAGACCGGCCUGGUGUGUUUGACGAGAACGAUGAGGUCCUCAUGUCCGUGACGACGCGUCUGCUAGGUUGCUUGCUCACUCGUUACCCCGUGAAGUACUUCAUGCUUCCUGUUGGAGAUUUGGUACAGCAGUGCGCAGGCUCAUCCUUUGCGAAGGAAAAAAGUCAGCAGCACCUGCCGCCUCUGCUGGUGAAUGAAGUUGAGGGUGCCGCGGAGGUAGGUAACAAGUCAGUCCAAAUGUGUACGCGGGUGUUGUUGUACCGUGCACCUAUUAACGCUAUUUAUCAAACACGGUCACUGCGUAAGAAGGCCCGAAAACUUGAAGCGCUCAAUAUGAUUGACAAGGCUCUCUCUACAGUGGAGUUUGACCUCAGUGCGUUGGAGGAGCUUUGGCGUGCCGGCCACGAGGAGAACACAGUGAUGUAUCAGCGUUGCCAGGAGCUCAACGAGCAGGUCAACACUCAACAAGUUCUUCUUCGGAACGUUCUUGACGGUAUUGGUGCUUCGCGGGCGAUGAGAAGCUUAGGGGAGGUGACCACCUACCUGCAGGUGUUGGAGUUGUACGCCCGCCAGGAGAACAUUCCAAUGAUCACCGAGGCCAUUUCCCAGGCUCUAUUGAACUGUAGGUACGACGGCCCGGUGCCGCCGGAGUUGAAGGGCGUGGAUCCCGGUCGACUCUCACCCAACGAGGCGCUUCGGAUCGAGCGCCGUAUCGCCCAAACGCCUGCCAAAUUAAAAUUUGGUGCCGCAGAAAUGCCUAACGUGCGCACAUAUUCUUGUGACCCGCAGAAGAAGCGGGAACAGGUGCAAUUCUUUAAUGAUCUUGCCGAGAAACGUGCUCUGGAAUCAACGGGAAAAUUCUUACCAAAUCAGGGCUCGCGGUAUGAGGCUGACACCAAGGCCACAGUAGCUAAGAAGGUAAAUCAGCGUAUUUCACCCUUGGUGUAUUUUGGACCGACAGAUUACGCGUCCAAGCGACCGUUUCAGCUGGGGAGUUCGUAG